AUGAAGCUACUCGCCCUCGCCCUUACCUCCGUCUCUCUCGCUGCCGCAGCUAGUAUCUCCUCUCGGGAAACUCAAUGGAGCCACAUCGGGAUGACCUACUGCACUGAAGCGAACUUCACCGGCAUUUGCACCCAUGCUACGAUUUCUUCAGGGAAUUGCGUCACUUUCGGUCCCGGGGAUACUUUCUACCAGACUAUCUCAUCCGUACGAAACGAUCCCGAGAAUACUUGCACCAUUUUUUCCGGACUCAAAUGCACUGGUGCCUCUAUGGCCAUCGAUGAGGGGUAUAAUGACUUGAAUACAACUGGUUGGGACAACACGGUAGUGUCCUACAUUUGCGAUAGGAACUUCAGUUAA